UCUAGGGCCCUUUUCCUUUCACGUCCCUGCUAUGAGCAACACCUGCGUUUAGAUUCUAGCAUCUGUCAGUGUAGGUGAAUUUGCUGCCGGGUAGUAUACAAUUGCUUCUUCCAAAAUAUUUGUUCUCCGGUUUAUCUCCAGAGUCGUCUGCGUCUCGAAAAUGGGCAAAAGGAACAGAUACAGGCAGAAAAACCAACAAGACAGAAACGGUGAACCCGGAGGAAGUAGCAGAGAUCACGCUGGCUGGGGAGCUGGAUAUGCUGAUAUUAUCAAGGAAAACAAACUUUUUGAACAGUAUUAUCAAGAGCUGAAGAUUAUCCCAGAAGGAGAAUGGGAGCAGUUUAUGGAGGCUUUGAGGGAACCUCUGCCUGCCACCAUUAGGAUUACAGGUUACAAAAGUCAUGCAAAAGAGAUUCUUCAUUGCCUGAAGGAAAAGUAUUUCAAGGAACUACAAGAUCUAGAGGUGGAUGGCCAAAAGAUAGAGGCUCCACAGCCACUAAGCUGGUACCCAGAUGAGCUGGCGUGGCACACCAACUUGAGCAGGAAAAUCCUGCGGAAGUCACCCCUGCUAGAAAAGUUUCACCAGUUUUUAGUUAGUGAAACUGAAUCUGGCAAUAUCAGCCGACAGGAAGCUGUCAGUAUGAUUCCUCCUCUGCUGCUUAAAAUUGCGCCUCAUCAUAAGAUUCUAGACAUGUGUGCAGCUCCUGGCUCCAAGACAGCACAAUUGAUUGAAAUGCUACACUCUGACAUGGAUAUUCCCUUUCCAGAGGGGCUGGUCAUUGCCAACGAUGUGGACAACAAACGCUGCUACCUACUGGUUCACCAGGCAAAGAGAUUAAACAGUCCUUGUAUUAUGGUUGUAAACCAUGAUGCGUCCAACAUCCCAAGGCUUCAGAUAGACUGUGAUGGCAAAAAGGAUAUUCUUUUCUAUGACAGGAUUUUGUGUGACGUGCCCUGCAGUGGUGAUGGGACUAUGAGAAAGAACAUUGACGUAUGGAAAAAAUGGACAACAAGUAACAGUCUUCAUUUACAUGGGCUGCAGAUGAGAAUUGCAGUCCGUGGGGUUGAGCAGCUGGCAGUAGGUGGAAGAAUGGUCUAUUCUACAUGCUCUCUGAACCCUAUUGAGGAUGAGGCUGUCAUUGCAUCACUGCUGGAGAAAAGUGAAGGUGCCUUGGAACUUGUUGAUGUUGCUAAUGAAGUGCCUGGAUUGAAGUGGAUGCCUGGAGUUACAUCCUGGAAGCUCAUGACUAAAACUGGUGAGUGGUAUGCAAAUUGGUCAGAAGUACCACAGAAUAGACACACGCAGAUUCGGCCUACGAUGUUCCCUCCAACUGAUCCAGAAAAGCUAAAAGAAAUGAAGCUGGAGAGAUGCAUGCGGAUACUGCCUCACCACCAGAACACGGGCGGUUUCUUCGUGGCUGUGCUUGUUAAGAAAGCCUCAAUGCCUUGGAAUAGGCGUCAUCCAAAGCUUAGGAAUAAGGGAGCAGAGCCAGCUGCUGAAGCCGAGAAGACCCCUGCUGAAAUUGCUGACGAGGCAGGAGAAGCUGCGGUGGAGGACAAACCAAAGGACCUUGAGGUCUCUAUGGAGAGCACUGUCCAGCAAGAUGGAGUGUGUGGCCCUCCUCCAUCAAAAAAGAUGAAGCUGUUUGGCUUCAAAGAAGAUCCCUUUGUGUUCCUGUCUGAGGAUGAUCCUGUGUUCACUCCAAUCCAGAAGUUUUACAACCUCACACCAAACUUUCCCAAGAUGAAUGUGCUAACUAGAACGCACGAGGGGAAGAAACGAAACCUGUACAUGGUAUCCAAGGAGCUCCGGAACGUACUGCUGAACAACAGCGAGCGUCUGAAGGUUAUUAACACUGGAGUUAAAGUUUGGUCCCGUAAUAAUGAUGGGGAACAGUUUGGAUGUGCCUUCAGACUUGCUCAGGAGGGCAUUUAUACUCUCUACCCAUAUAUUAAUGCCAGGAUCAUUACUGUCAGUGUAGAAGAUAUCAAGGUGCUUCUGACACAAGAGAACCCCUUCCUCAGCAAACUGGAAGCACAGUCACAUGCACAGGCUAAGCAGUUGGGUAUGGGAAGCAUUGUACUGAGAUAUGAACCUGACCCAAAGAAUCAAGAAGCCCCACAAUGUCCCAUUGAGCUGUGCGGAUGGAGGGGAAAGACUUCCAUCCGAGCCUUUGUUCCAAAAAAUGAGCGCUUUCACUAUCUCAGAAUGUUGGGGGUCGAGGUCUUCCGGGAGAAGAGACAGGAUGACAGUUCAGAAGCCAUGGCUGAAGGGGAGAAGGAAGGUGGAGACCGAGGUUCUAUGUCCAUGGAAACAGAGGUAGAUGGUGAACAAAAUGUGGAACCCCCAAAGGCUGAUACAGAGGAACUGAAAGAAACUGCAGAGUCUUCCACUGACUCAAACCGAGAGUACUGCUGAAACUAAAUAGAAAAAAAAGAGAUAAUUUGCAAGGUAGUAGCAGUGCCAUUUCAUGUUCUGUACACUGGUGCCAUCAUGGUUCAGUUGCAGCAGACAGUUUCUUAAAAAAAAAAAAAAAAAGCAAGCAGAGCAGGGAAAAGCUAUUUUUGUUGGUCUGGUUUUGUACUGUACUGUUCCCAAACCACCAUCUUUUAUGUUUUGAAGAAAAUAGUUAGCCAGAGAAUUUGACGAUCUGGUUUUUGUAUGCUGUGGAGGCAAAAGCUACAAGUCCAGGCACCUUCCAUUCAGAGAAUAAAUCUAGACCAAAAGUGACUCCUUGAGUGGUCAUCAUGAUGCUUGAUUUUUGUUUUAUUAAAGUUUGUUUAUUUUAAGUGUUUUUUUUUUUUUCUCUACGUGCAACAACUUCCAAAGGCAAAUUUAAGAGCCUAAUAAAAUAAUUACAGUGACUUGCAGUUUGACAAAUAAAGUACAAAAUGAGUUUA